UCGCGCGUACGCGUAGCGCCGCGUGCACAGACAGACACGAACUCAAGCGGCGACCUCUCCUUCAGCUACGCGGGGAAAUCGGCUCUCGCGACUGCUCUGCCGGUAGUUAGCAGCAGCGACUCGCUCGCUGCUCUGACUGGCCUCUCGGCGUGUGUGUGUGUGUGUGCGUGAACGUGCGCGCGCCUCGCGUGUUUGUGGCCCCGCCGCCUGCGUUUUUUCGGCGGGGAGAGGAACGCUGCUGCGUCGUACUACGCCGAGGUGGCUGUCUGUGGGCUGGCCUGGCCCGUGUGCUGCUGCACCCCCCCCCCCCUCCCUCCGGUUGUGUUGCCGGCGCCGCUGAUCUCCCCGCGGCGGCUGUUGUGCGCGCCGGCUCGGAGGUCUCACGACGACGACGACCACGCUAGCAGCGCCAUUUUGCGUUCUCUCUGUCAAGAACUGACCUUCCGCCCGGCGCUCUUCGCGCCGCCCAGCGUCCCCGAAAGCCCCCUGUUCUCAAGUUAUUCAGCUACUGUGUGCCCUGUUUGCUCACUUCCUCUGGCUUGGAACGACUGUAGAUAAUUUCUCCUUCAGCGGGCUUCCCUAACAAUGUGUCGCGGGCGACCCGAGCUCUGGAGCGUCCGUCUCUACGGGGUGUCCCACCGGUUGUCGUCGGGCUAGCAUCGACUGUGGCGUGGUGUCCUCCUCUGCUGGGAUGUCCGCGUGAGCCGGUUGCAGCCGCCGCGACAUCACCGGACCCCUCGAGGAUAUCGGCGCAACAGCGACGACCCUGGUGUGGAUCUUCGUCGGUCGUGGCGACUGCUGGCGCACCGACGACACCCAGCGACUCUGCGCCCAUGUUUCUUGCGCCGCUCUGCGCUUUCCAAAGGUGGGAGCCUGAGACAAUGGACAACAUCCAUAGUCUGGACCCACGUAAACAAGAAUUGCUCGAGGCUCGGUUUCUGGGGAAUCGACAACUGUGCAACCUGGGUCAGGGCGGUGCCUACCUUGGUCAGACAUCGCAGUCCUCUUCUGGUGGUGCAAUGGCGGCGGCGGCGGCGGGAGUGAGCGGGCCCCUGGCGGGCGUGCCGGCCUCCCAGCUACUGGGCCACGUGUCCUCCUCGGGCAGCUCGAACAACACCAAUCACAACCAGGACUCGAACAUGAGCAACACCAGUCUUGGAUCGCAGCACUCUGACAAAGAACUCGAGUCUCAAACACCGGAAAAGCACCUUAGGACACCUCCCCCGUCGGAACGGAAAAGGAAACGGACGAAAGAAGACACUGCUUCAACUGGAGCAAAAGGAGUUCGAACAACGGUUCCCGAGAACCCAAAGAAAAUAAAUGAAUACUUUAAGAACCAGGGGCAUAGCCCCAGCCGCUUUGGAGGGGCCAGGUCGCCUGUCCCUCAGGGCUACUGCCUGGGUGGCAAUCCACUAGUGUCCCCGUUAACAUCUGCACUGAAUAGUGUAGAUUAUUCAGGGCUUAUGGCACCACCUCAGAGGCCUGCACACGUGAUGAUGCGGCAGGUCCAGACAGAUCUCACCAUCAACAAGAUCAAAGAGCUGGAGAGCAAAUCGGCCAUGGACCUGGAAAUGAGGGACAACCGGAUAGAUGAACUCCAAAGGGGUAGCGAAGAACUGCGGCGGCAAAUUCAGGGACAGCAGAAACUAAUACAAAAACAAGAGGAGCAACUCCUCAAGUGUAUAGAUGUUACAAAGCAACUUCUUAUAGAAAAGUCGGCAAUGGAAAAGAAGCAGUCUCGGCAGAAAUGCAUGCAGAACAGGCUAAGGCUAGGUCAAUUUGUGACACAGCGGCAAGGGGCAUCGUUUGUUGAAAACUGGGUAGACGGCUACGCUUUCAACGAUCUAUUGAGGAAGCAGGAGCAGAUCACGUCAGAGCGGGAAGAAAUCGAACGACAACGAAAGCUGCUGUGCAAAAAGAAGCCCACGACGGGGCAGCCCAAAGGCAAGGGGGCAGUGGGGUCUAACAACGGGACCGGUGCAGCCUCUAGUGGGCUGGCCAAUGGGGAGUUUGUCAAGCCGGAGUCUCCCAAGGACCUGGCGCUCCUGCGGUUGUCCUGGUACGAGUACUACGAGCAAGAGGAAAUCCUGAAGUUGCGGCAGGUGUCGCUGAAAAAGGAGGACACCGACCUGCAGCUCGAGCUGGAGAAACUGGAGCGGGAGCGAAACCUGCAUAUUAGGGAGCUCAAGCGCAUCCACAAUGAGGACCAGUCCAGGUACAGACGGUUCAACAACCAUCCAGUCCUAAAUGAGAGGUAUCUACUACUAAUUUUGUUGGGCAAAGGUGGCUUCAGUGAAGUACACAAGGCGUUCGACCUUAAGGAACAGAGGUACGUUGCGUGUAAAAUACACCAGCUUAACAAAGACUGGAAGGAUGACAAGAAAGCAAACUACAUCAAGCAUGCAUUAAGGGAGUACAACAUUCACAAGUCCUUAGACCAUCCGAGGGUUGUAAAGCUUUACGAUGUCUUCGAAAUAGAUCCUAAUUCAUUAGCGUCUCUUGCACGUGGGGCCUCUCACAUUGUGUCCUCUGCUUUGUGUCGUUUGAGCAGCUUUUGCACAGUGCUGGAGUACUGUGACGGGCACGACCUGGACUUCUACCUCAAGCAGCACAAGUGCAUCCCCGAGCGAGAAGCACGCUGCAUCGUCAUGCAGGUGGUGCACGCCCUCAAGUACCUCAAUGAAAUCAAGCCACCCAUCAUACACUACGACCUCAAGCCGGGUAACAUCCUCCUGGGAAGUGGCAGUCUAAGUGGAGAGAUCAAGAUCACAGACUUUGGUCUCAGCAAGAUAAUGGACGAUGACAACUACAGCCCAGAGUACGGGAUGGACCUAACAUCGCAGGGUGCUGGCACCUAUUGGUACUUGCCACCUGAGUGUUUUGUAGUGGGCAAGACGCCACCCAAGAUCUCGUCCAAGGUUGAUGUCUGGAGUGUCGGUGUCAUCUUCUAUCAGUGCCUCUAUGGCAAAAAGCCGUUUGGCCACAAUCAGUCCCAGGCAACAAUAUUGGAAGAAAACACAAUUUUGAAAGCAACGGAUGUGGAGUUUCCCGCGAAGCCUGCUGUCAGUAAUGAGGCUAAGCAAUUCAUCCGCCGCUGCUUGCAGUACCGCAAGGAAGAUCGCAUUGACGUGUUCAGCUUGUCCAACGAGGAGUACCUGAAACCGAACUAUUCAAAACAUGGGCGGCAGGCCAGUGUUUCAGACAAGUCGUAGCCAACAUCGUUGGCCUAAGGAAAUACCUUUGAAACUAGCUGGAACAGAGAUGAAGCAUAUAAAAGAGAAAGAAGUGCAGCGGGGACACGUUGGGCAGGCGUGCUGCCACCACCGUCACCACCACCAGACGAGAGAAAAAAACCAAAUCGGCGGCAGGUCGCGCACUGCUCCCGGAGCGGCACCCCCCCUUCCCCCGGCAGUUUGUUGUUGCUGUUGUUCCGGGGGAGCCUGCGCGUGACUAGGCAGAGACGGUGUGUGUUCCUUGCCAGGGCAGUGAGGCACGCGAGACACGUGUGCCACAGCUGGGGAAGCAUGUUUGACACUAUGUUGGCAGAGGGAAGGGACAUGUGGACUGGACUUGUGGCACAGCAUGUCCUUGCUCUUUCCCUCCCUACACCGCUUCCCUCUGCCACCGUAUUCUCUCGCUGCUCGUGCGCUCCCUCUCGCGGCGCAUCCAGCGUCGGUGUUGUGUGGGCGUGCAUGUGUGUGAAUAGGCAUGUAUCAAUGAGGGAAUUUGCCUUCUCUUUCUGUACUUUUUUUUUUCCUCCUCAUCCACUCCCCUUCGCAACUCUACACCCAUGUCUAAUCUACCUGCCCUCUACUUCCAUCUUCGCUAUCAUGAGACACGUGCUGCCAACUACUCGCAGUGACUGCGAGUUGUGCUGAGUAAGAUUGAUAGAACGACCAUUACUCUGUGCUUAUUGGGAUAUCUGCCUUUCUUUCUUUUCACCCCUCUUCCCCAUGGACACUUAAUUUUCUAAUUGAAAAAAUAGAUGAGAUAGCGGGGUUCACUUUGUGAAUGAAGUGAAAUUAGAAAUUCUUGGUGCUCUAAAUAUUGUGAAGUCAUUGCAAAAAAGUUUGGAGAAAAGUAUGUAAUGGUGUAUGGUUCCCCAUGAAUUUGGAGCCCAGGGUUUCUUUAGUAAUUAUCAGUUGAGGCACAGCUGAAAGUUGCCUAGCAGUGGUUAAUUAGUAUUAAUGAUUGCAUAGAGGCAAACAGUAUAACGACCAAGGCAAUGAUAUUCCCCUCAUUCUGAAAGAUUGCUGCAUUUUCCUUCUGGUGUCAUGAGAUGAACCCAGUCUAUUGAAGAGUCCAUUAUUUCAUUGCAUUACCUUUUGGUGUUGCCAUUUCAUUAUUUCAGCAGUAGCAUCGGGUGUCGCUCAUGUGGAGUGAUAAGUCAUUACGAAAGUGUUUUCUCUUCUCUUUCGUUUUAAGAUGUUUUUGCACAGACAAUGAAGUGUCCUUUCAAAAUCAAAAAAAAAAGUAAAUGUGGCCUUAAUAUGCUGUGUUUUUCAGUGUAUAGAGUUAUGAGUUUCAUUUAAUGGGGAAUGUAAAGUAGCAGCUGUUACACGUCUGCCUGUUUUUUUUUUUUUUUUUUCCUCUGUUCUCGGCUGCAAUAUUUUUUAGAGUAUGCUUUGCAGCUUGUUCUUUGAAAAGCAAGAUCAACCGCACAAAAACAAACAAAAAGAACAGUGUCAAUUGUGGUCUUACAAAAACUCCACAAUUACCUUCACUGUUGUAGUUUGCAAGACAAGGUGCCUAGUGCUGUGAGUAAGGUUAAGCCCUUUCCUUUUUUGAACAAAACCUAGAGCAUCAUGGAGUCUGUGUUGUAUGCACCAAUUUCUUUGCUUUCUUGUCAUUAGGAAUAUUGACACUGGGUUAUGGCUUCUGCCGUGGCCGUGGAUGUAUGUUAACUGCCUCAUCCUAAUAUUUUUGUUCCACUCUCUUUUUUACUAGUAUCUUUAAUAUUGCCACUGUGUGUGGAACCUUGCAAUGCACUGUUGUCUGAACAUGCUGUUGUUUGAAGACUGUACUAAUGGCCCAUCCCACGAGCUCCUUACUUUUUUUUUUUUUCUGAACUUAUGAGAGCAUGUUAUCGUGGCUUGUGAAAAGUGUUUCUUGUUGUAAAUGUGUUAAAUUUUUUUAGCAUUUCUUUUUUCAAGACGUUGUUUUCCUUCUUCAAUUGUGCGUGUACAGGAAUGUAGUAAGGACUGGUGGACAUAGUAGAUUUUAUGCUUUUGUUGAAAGGACAUGUCAAGAAGCAUUGCGUAGCAGGGAACGUAUUGUUAGUGCAUUCUUUUAAAAUUCGUGAACUUAUCAUGAAAGCCUAAGUUCUUUCUUUACUUUCUCACUCUGGGAGCAAUGCAGGCUUGUUGGUUAAAUCUGUUGAACUGACUAGAUGCUUCUUUAUGUUUGAAGUUGUAUCGUUUUAGAAAUUGACUUCCCAAGAAACUAUUCAUUCGCCUGUCUCUUUUUUUUUUUUUUUGUGCACGUGUGAUGUUGAGUCAACUUGGGGAGCACACUUUCUAGUCAAGCCCCUCUGUCCUUCAUCCCCCCUUCACCUCAUGCCCUCUACACACCAGUAGUUGAUAUCUACACAAUAUGAACAGUGGCACUUCUUGCCUGUGUCUAUACUACUACUACUAUUCUGUGAUGACUUUCUAUACUGCCGAUAGAAGCGACAUCUCUGCACACGCUGUGCUGCUGUCGAGGUUAUGGAGCUCAUGGGAUGGACUUGCCAGAGAGCAUGUGGAUCACGACCAUCGUCAUCGCUACCAGUGUCAUCAGCUGCCUUCUUUCUGUUCUGCCAAGUUGCAGCUGAGGAAACAGAGACUUUCUGUUAAUAGAUGUUUUCCUCGUUACUUCCCCCCUCCCAUAUCUGCUCUCCAGCACAAGCACGGCAUCACAUUCGGGCUUGUGGGAGUUGUGGAAAUAUGUUAAUUACUCUUCAAUUUCUGCUGUUGCACAUUGUGCACGAAUGAAAGAGAGAAAAGAAAAGAUGAAGAAAAGGAAGUGCUUCGCUGAAGAAGUGUGUACAAAGCAGUGUGUGCGUGUGUGUGUGCAAGCUGUUCCCACCUACUCUCUCCCUUCUCUCUGAUUUGGGCUUGUUGGUACAUAGCAGAGACAUUUUUUUAAAAGAAAAAAAAAGUGAAAAACAAGCAGGUCGGGACGGACGGACUGCUUAGUGUUGCCGCUUUGACUGCUUGAAGACUGAUGGCUGCUACCAUCGUGAUGAUGCCAGGGGCAUGCCGAGUGUUUUUGUUGGGAGUGGAGGGACUUAAGCCGACACAGAAGCAGCCAUCUCUGAAAUUUGUCUGUGGGGAUGUUUCUGUGUUUAUUUAUUUUUAAGUUUUGCCCAGUAAAAACGAGGAAGAAAAAGAGAUGCUGAACCAAUA